CCCUUUCCGAUAGUCGCUGCUCCCCGCUAGACGAUGACAUCAGCCAGGACACCCAGCUGCUGUAGUAAACUCCGGGCGGGAGGAGGCUCCUGCUGGCUCCACGUUAAUUAGUUCAACACAGCCCAGGGGGAGCACUUGGUGUCUGUGCAGGGUCACUGCUGGAUGGGACCAAAUCUUACAAAGCCACUUGCUGCUCCUUGCCAGCCGGCUGUAAAAGCGCCCGGAGAGUCCAGGAGAGCUGGAUGAAUCCUGAGCACCAGGCACGGUUUGGUCGGCUUUGCCCUGUGGAGGAAGUGAAUGGUUUAAGUGAGGGGCGUCUGGAUCUGGUCCCUGAGUCACCAUGACACUCCUGGGGUCUGAGCACUCCUUGCUGAUUCGGAGCAAGUUCAGAUCAGUUUUACAGCUACGGCUGCAGCAGAGAAGGACCCGUGAGCAGCUGGCAGACCAAGGCAUCAUGCCACCACUGAAAAGCCCAUCUGCAUUCCAUGAACAGCGAAAAAGUCUGGAGAGAGCCAAGACUGAAGAUUAUCUCAAGCACAAGAUCAGAAGCAGGCCUGAGCGGGCAGACCUGGUCAAUAUGCACAUUCUGCAAGACUCGGCUGCAGAGGGGUCCAUUCAGUCGACUCAGAUGAAGCUGAAAAGAGCCCGACUGGCAGAUGACCUCAAUGAGAAGAUUGCGCUCAGGCCAGGUCCUUUGGAGCUGGUGGAGAAGAAUAUUAUUCCCGUGGACUCAGCUGUGAAAGAGGCCAUAAAAGGUGGUGACAGUGAACGUGUUGUGUGUGCAUGGAGUGGGGCAGGGGCUGCCAAGGGGACCACAGUGACUGCAGGAAGUGACAGACCUGCAUGUAAGAGCUGCAUUGAUUGCUUCAAUUGCAUUAUUCCACAUUCCUCAAUUAAUGGGAUCAUUUCCAUUAGCAUAAUCCCAUUUGAAGGGUCUGUUCUGGAGCUCAGAGCAAGCUGGGGACAAUGGCAGGACUUUGAGACAGAUCGUCCCCCCAGUGCCGAUGGCCACGCUCCGGACACUGCCCCGGGCCAGGGCAGCCAGUGCGACAGCCCCAAGCAGCCGGCGGGGCAGGAGAGCCCGACACUCCCGGUGCCCUCUGCAGUGAAGUCCAAAUCAUCCAGUGAUAGCAAGAACCGUCACAAAAAGCCCAAAGACACCAAGCCCAAAGUGAAGAAGCUCAAGUACCACCAGUACAUCCCUCCAGACCAGAAAGCAGAGAAGUCCCCUCCACCCAUGGAUUCUGCAUAUGCCAGACUGCUCCAGCAGCAGCAGCUCUUCCUGCAGCUCCAGAUCCUCAGCCAGCAGCAGCAGCAACAGCAGCAGCACUUCAACUACCCUGGGAUGCACCAAGGACAGCUGAAGCAAUCAAAUGAGCAAAUGGUCAAAAGUUCAAAUUCUUCAUCAACUUCUGGCAACAACACCCCUCUUUCUCCAGUGAAAACCACGUUUUCAGGCCAGACUUGUGUCUCAUCUGUCAAGCCAGGCCCUCUGCCAUCCAACCUGGAUGAUCUCAAAGUGUCAGAGCUGAGGCAGCAGCUGCGGAUACGAGGCCUGCCUGUGUCGGGUACCAAAACAGCGCUGAUGGAGCGGCUGCGGCCCUUCCAGGAGUGCAGCAGCAGCACAGUGCCCAACUUCAGUGAGAUCACCACCGUCACCUUCCCAGUCACCCCAACAAGCACCCUGUCCAGUUACCAGUCACAGUCCUCCACCAGCAUGUUAUCAAAUGGCUUCUAUCACUUUGGCAGCACCAGCUCCACCCCACCCAUCUCGCCCGCCUCCUCUGACCUCUCCGUGAGCGGCUCUUUGCCAGACACCUUCAACGACGGGCCCAUGUCUUCCCCACAGUUCGGCCUGCAGCCAUCCCCGGUUCAUGGCAGUGCUGAGGAAAGCCUCAUGAGCAGCAUGAAUGGAGGGAGCAUCCAGCUGGAACUGGAAGGAAUAGACACAGAGAAGGACAAGAUGCUGGUGGAGAAGCAGAAGGUCAUCAAUGAACUGACGUGGAAGCUGCAGCAAGAGCAGAGGCAGGUGGAAGAGCUGCGGAUGCAGCUCCAGAAGCGAAAGAGAAGCAAUGGCCUUGAGGACAAGCAGCAGCCUGCUCAGCAUUUCUUUGGUGUCCCCAUCAAGCAGGAAAACGCCGUGUCCAGCUGUCCCUUUGCAUCCAAACAAAUGGCCCUGAAAGGCCAGGCCGGCAGCUCGGAGAAGCUGAGUAACUGUGGGGUACCGCAGGUGCCCCACAUCGUAAACAGCCACUGCCUGGAGCCCGCAGGGCAGAGCACCAUCACCUCCUCGACAUUCCUGAGCCCGCAGUGCUCCCCCCAGCACUCUCCCCUGGGGGCUGCAAAGAGCCCCCAGCACAUCAGCCUGCCACCGUCCCCCAACAGCCACUACCUGCUGCCGGUGUCCCCCGAGGGCCGCAGCGGGUCCCCGCCGGGCAGCAGCUGCCUCCGCACAGCGCCGCAGAUGACACGAAGUCAGCAGAUGGACGAGCUCCUGGACGUGCUGAUUGAGAGUGGAGAAAUUCCAGCCAAUGCCAAGGAAGAUCGGUCCUGCCUCCAGAAAGUCCCUCAGAUAAUGGUGUCUACGGGGAGCUCCGGUGCCCCUGUCCCCAAGGGCUCUGCCCCGUUCGAGCCGGUGCCCUUCGAGCACUGCCCGGGCGGCAGCGACGCUCACCUGGAGGUGUUGCUCAAUGCCCACAGCCCCCUGGGCAGGGUCAGCGAGAUGGCCCUGCUGAAAAUGGGGGGAGAGGAGCCCCACUUCGAAGGGAUGAUGGAGGGGUUCUCUGGCAAAGCUGCAGAUGAACUGCUCAACUCCCAGGAGAUUUUACAGACUCCCCUGUCACCCAUGGAAACCCAGCUGUCCCCUUCCCCUGCCGAAGGCUCCGGUUUACAAAUGAGUUUCACUGAGUCUCCGUGGGAAACAAUGGAGUGGCUGGACCUCACCCCCCCCAGCUCUGCCACCGGCUUCAGCUCGCUCACCCCCGCGGGCCCCAGCAUCUUCAACAUCGAUUUCCUGGAUGUAGCCGACCUCAACCUGAACAGCAGCAUGGACCUGCACCUGCAGCAGUGGUGAAGGGACGUGCUGGGGCAGGGGGCUGUGAGCCUGCAGCAGGUGGCACAGCAUUCCUGUCGUGCCAGAGAACAUGCAGGGCAAACUUGCCUCAUCCAGGGGAAACUGGAGUCAUUUUCCCAGCAUAUAAACUUGUUUGAAUUUCCAGUCACUGAAAACUGACAGCACAAUUCUGGUACUUUGGUUUUCCUCCAUUGACACAACCCCACAGAGGACACCAGUGCCUGAAACAAUACUUCCUUUGAUUGACAAGAACUUCAGUUCUCCUUCUUUAAUCUUUCCCCCCCAGUUUUAGCAGUCACUCUCGUGAGAACUGGAGCAGCUCAUGACAAGACUGUGUGGUGAGGUGACCUCACCUGGGUGGCAACAGGAAAUCAUGGAGAGGGUAG